GAGAAGGUCGUGGUGCCUUCAGUGCUGGAAUUGCUGUUUUCUUCCCCAGACCCUUGCUGGGCAUCCAUCAACAGGGGGAUCCUGAUCUGUGACGAGUGCUGCAGCGUCCAUCGGAGCCUGGGGCGCCACAUCUCCCAAGUGAGGCACCUCAAGCACACACCAUGGCCUCCAACACUGCUGCAGAUGGUUGAAACCCUGUACAAUAAUGGUGCCAACUCCAUAUGGGAACAUUCCUUGCUGGACCCUGCCUCUGUGAUGAGUGGAAGGCGCAAGGCCAGCCCCCAGGACAAAGUGCACCCCAACAAAGCAGAAUUCAUUAGAGCCAAAUAUCAGAUGUUGGCGUUCGUGCACCGCCUGCCGUGCCGUGAGGACGACAGUGUCACUGCCAAAGACCUCAGCAAGCAACUCCACUCCAGCGUGAGGACGGGGAACCUGGAGACGUGCCUGCGGUUGCUCUCCCUAGGAGCUCAAGCCAACUUCUUUCAUCCUGAGAAAGGGAACACCCCACUCCACGUGGCUGCUAAGGCAGGACAGACUUUACAGGCAGAGUUAUUGUCUGUUUAUGGGGCAGAUCCUGGCACACAAGAUUCCAAUGGAAAAACUCCAGUUGACUAUGCAAGGCAAGGUGGGCACCACGAGCUGGCCGAGCGCCUGGUGGAAAUCCAGUAUGAGCUCACAGACAGGCUGGCUUUCUAUCUCUGUGGCAGGAAGCCAGAGCACAAAAAUGGGCAGCACUUUGUUAUACCUCAGAUGGCAGACAGCAGUCUAGACGUAUCAGAACUCGCAAAAGCUGCAAAGAAGAAGCUUCAAUCUCUCAGCAACCAUUUGUUUGAAGAACUUGCAAUGGAUGUGUACGAUGAAGUUGACAGGAGGGAAACAGAUGCAGUUUGGCUUGCCACUCAGAAUCACAGUACGCUUGUGACAGAGACCACAGUGGUCCCUUUUCUUCCUGUAAAUCCUGAGUAUUCCUCAACCAGGAAUCAGGGAAGGCAGAAACUGGCUCGAUUCAAUGCCCACGAGUUUGCUACCCUGGUUAUAGAUAUUUUAAGUGAUGCCAAACGAAGACAACAGGGGAAUCCUCUCACUGGCUCAAAAGAAAAUGUGGAACUGAUACUCAAAUCAAUCAGCAAUCAACACAGUAGUGAAAGUCAGGAUAAUGACCAGCCUGAUUAUGACAGCGUUGCUUCAGAUGAAGAUACAGAUCUGGAAACAAAUGCAGCUAAAUCAAACAGACAGAAGAGCCUGGAUUCAGACUUGUCAGAUGGACCAGUGACAGCCCAAGAAUAUAUGCAAGUCAAAAAUGCACUGGUGGCUUCUGAGGUAAAGAUUCAGCAGUUAAUGAAAGUGAACAUCAACUUGAGUGAUGAGCUGAGGAUCAUGCAGAAAAAGCUCCAAACGCUGCAGAGUGAAAACACCACCCUCAGAAGACAGGCUACAACCAAUAUUUAUCAGGUCCAAAGCAGUUCUGAAUACACAGACCCUACCAACAGUUCUUCUCUAAAGCGGCGACCCUCUGCUCGGGGCAGCAGACCCAUGUCCAUGUACGAGACAGGCUCGGGUCAGAAGCCCUACCUGCCCAUGGGAGAGGUCACCUACCCAGAGGAGAGCAUAACCAGGCUGCAGCCUUUCCCUCCACAUAUCGGGAGGAGUGCGUUUGUGACCUCCUCUUCAUCUCUACCCUCCUUCCCCUCCGCGCUUUCCUGGGCAAGGGAUGAAAGCACACGAAGG